GGCAACUGGUGCUGGUACGUGUGCUCGAAGUGCCUGCCGCAUCUUGCGCCAAGCCAGGCACAGACCUGGAGCGACAAAUUCAUGGCGUCGAACACACAAGGCUAUGUGCAGCUGUGGCCCCGAGGACUCCAGACCGUCUUGUCACGACAGUUGGCUGUCUUCCUACGGGAUGAUCUGGGUAUGCGCACUUAUAUGUCAACGGCAGUUCCCUGACAAGUUUAGGAUUGUUGACAUAGGAAUCUGGAUUCUCCCUCAGCUGGGAGACGUCCUUUGUGAUGUCUAUCGCCGAGGAUAGACAGUCAUAAGGGGGCCUCCAGUCGAAAGUCUAGUGCCGCCUCUCGGUCGCCUCGAUCCAGAUCGAAUUGUAUGGGCCAUCUUACGAGGAAAAGGUCCAACGAGAGCAGGGUUCAAUGGCAUGCGGAGCUGAUAAACCAAGCAGCGUCUGAACAUUGAGCGCCAUGUCCUCGGAAGAAUAUUCUAGAUUUCGGAAAUUGGGCCUCUGCAGGUUGCCAUAGCAAACGGAGCGACUGCAGACAGUGCCCGCCUGUAUGAAAAAAGGCGUCAGGAUGUGCGACUCAGAUUGUCUGAGCUAAGACACGCACCCCGAAGUACAAUUCGACUGGCGUGGCUGAGUCUUACAUGCGCUUCCAUUCUCCCGGAGUAUUUGACACAGAGACGUGAGAUUUAAGCAGAUAAAUAUGACGAAGAAAGCUAGGGCCUAUUUUAGGGAGUGGACGAUUUUCCUUCUGCUCGUGAGCACUUGGUGGGUUGACCCUGUUUCUGGAAGCACAAAAGAUUUCAUCAGUCUCGAUUGUGGGCUUGCGACGACAAGCGCGGUUGCGGCUGAUCCGCAAGCACAUGAAAAGACCGACCAAACCACAGGGAUCCCCUGGCUUCCUGACAGUGUGAAGGCGUACAAUUCGGAGGCGAUGACCUUAGGAAAUAUCUCAGAAAUAACUGUGACCAACAAGGACGUGGACAAUGAGAUGGCGAUGUCAACGUUUCGGUAUUUCCCUGUUGACUCGCCUUCUGCUCGGAAGAAGUACUGCUACGAGAUGACAGUCCUGACGCAGAGAAGUUACCUCAUCCGUGUAGGCUUUUACGUCGGGAGCUCGAAUGGGGUUCUGGUCCCGCCGGUAGAAUUUGACGUAUCCAUCAACAGCAACGUGGUGUAUAAGUUGGAUUUGAAUGACUCAAACUCCCUAGCGAAGGACCAGCAGAUUCUUCAGGAAUUUAUAUGGCGAACAGACACAUCUAAUGUCCUCCACGUCUGCUUGAUUCCGAGGACUGGUACAGCUUUCAUCUCUUCUUUGGAACUACGCUUACUCGACGAGCAAACUUACAGUGACAUAUUUAACGGGGGUCCAGUUUAUCUGCGAAAGGUGAUGCGCUAUGAUUGUGGAAGCAUGCCCACUGCUCCGAACAUUAGGUAUGCCAAUGAUGUGUACGACCGUAUAUGGAGUUCUGGUCCUCCUGAAGGUAUGAAGUCAUACUCGAGGAUCUCUACGGCGACGCAGUUCGCUUCAGAGGAUACGAAGAACAAGCCGCCAGCUCCGGUAAUGGAGUCCGCGUGUACCGAUAGUAACGAAAUCCGCAUUUCCACCUCAGUUGCUAGAUUUCACGCCUGUCUUUACUUUCAGGAAGUCAGCAACUCUGGCCCUGAUCGGAGUCGGGUUGUGUCAUUGAAAGACUCGCCCUCUAUACCCGAGCAGUCAGUAACUGUGCUGAGGAACAACUUUACCCAGUUUUGCUAUGACGGCAGAGACCUGAUGAAUUUGACCUUGACCAAAGCUGCUGGGUCGAGACGAGAUCCUAUUCUGAACGCUGCUGAGGUCUACGAAGUCACUGUGCUGAACGACUCAGCCAUUGCACCAGAUGAUGCCUCUGUUAUCGAUGCCGUCAAGAUCAGUUUGCCUCUAGCCGACUGGAGGGGCGAUCCGUGCUAUCCAGUUUCUUACGACUGGAUUGUUUGUGACAUGAACUCGAAAGUCAUCACACUAAAUUUAUCAGGACAGUUUUCAUCUCAAAAUAUUCUAUCUAUUCCCUAUGAAAUUGGUUCAUUGGACCAGCUGCAGGAGCUAUAUUUGGACCAUAACAGUUUAGAGGGUCGCAUUCCAGACAGUUUUUCGCGCCUGAACAAGCUGCAAGUGCUGCAGCUGAGCAAUAACAAUCUGCGGGGAGAACUGCCUGAGUUUCUUAGUUCCCUACCAGCCUUGAAGGAGUUGAAUCUUGACAAUAACUUCUUCACUGGAGUAGUGCGAACGAGUCUUCUGAACAGUGGCAUACAUGUCUCGUUUGCAAAUAAUCCAAGUUUGUGCGUGGAAGGUUCACAAAAUUGCUCCACACCGAACCAGAAAAGUUCAAGUAAAACGCCCUAUUGGAUAGUUGGACUCGCUGCCGGUAUUGGAGCAUUGAUAUUAAUCCUUGUCACGCUACUUCUCUGUUUCAUUUGCCCGGGAUGCUGCUUGUAUAAGGCUAGGCGAAGAAGCUUAAGUAGGAUGCAUUCAAGCAGAGGAGAUGUGCAUCCCAUACACGUAGGAGCUGGUUCAAGUGCUGGAAGACUUAUCCCAAGCGUCGACAAUGAAGCCUACACUAAAAAGUUGGAGCAGGACUUCUGGAAUGCCGGUUUACAACUUUCUUCGCUUCAAAUUCCUCCUCCAAGCAAGGCGUCUUCAAUACGCAAGGACCCGUCAACGCUGAGCAAGCAGUCUUCUCUACACAUAACUCCUUCAAUGUCAGCUUCGCAACCCAGCGCAAGCAGACGACGACAUUCUGCUGAUUUGCGUGGCAUACCCAUACCACUCGGCAGCGUAGCCCCAUCGCCUCCUUCAUCCUCCAAGGAAGAAGUCGUGACCAUGUCUCCGGGAUCAUCCAAAAGCAAACAACGUGAAUUUUCGGUCGCCACAUCUGCACCAAGAUCACCAAAAUCUUCUCAAGAUGAUAACGUACAAUUCAAAGUAUACUCUGUUGAAGAGAUUCAGCACAUCACGAGGAACUAUGAAUCACUAAUUGGAGAAGGACCUACGGGACAAGUAUACCAUGGUAUGCUGUACGACCGAACGGACGUAGCUGUGAAAAUUCAAGAUGAUCGGAGUCUGCACUCGACUGCAUUCGUCAAGAAGGUCAAAGCACUUGCGAAGAUCGCACAUAAAAACCUCGUGCCUGUCAUGGGCUACUGCUCAGAAAAUAACAAACGAAUGGUUGUGUAUCAGUUCCUCACGAAUGGAACCCUUCAAGAAAAACUAAGAGGUGAACGAGGAGUUACCAGAAUCCUUGAUUGGGCAACCAGGGUCAAGAUUCUCUACGAUGCUGCUCAAGGACUGGAGUGUCUCCAUCAUGAUUGCGACACGCCGAAAGUUGACGGAUCCGUGAAAACUAGCAGAAACAGCAGUAACACGAGUUUUUUAGAUGACAGUCUUCUCGCCAAACUUGGAAUGGAAUAUCUUCACACUGAAUUCAGACUGCCCAAAGCUCAUGGAAACGUGAAAAGUAGUAAUAUUUUUUUAGAUGAAAAUUGUCUCGCCAAACUUGGUGAUUAUGGAUUAGCGGAUUCACCUGUUUCUACUCCGGGCUACAUGGACCCAGCAGCCGACUACUCAGAUACUUCCAAGAGGAUAAAGCUAGAGCAAGACGUGUUUAGCUUUGGAGUAGUCAUGCUCGAGACAAUCACCGGAUUAGCACCAACACACAUGACAACCCUGGAAGAUCACAGUGAGAGAAGCCUUCUCAGCUCUUUUCGGAUUGCCAUAAAGACAGGCAAUCUCGAAGACAUGGUCGAUCCUAAAUUGAGAGCUACCGAGUCGGUGAACAUGGAAUCCGUCUGGUCGGUAGCCGGCAUAGCUUUUUCUUGUCUGGAACCACGUUUGGAGAACAGACCACAAAUGACUAGAGUCAUAACACAGUUGCGAAAAGCCUUGGAUGUAUUAGAAUGAUGAAUGUUCGGAGAUUUUGUUCUUUCCUGAUAUAUUAGACCAUCAUGUUUUAGACUUGUAACCUGAUAUUGAUCAUAGUUAGAAAAGGGAUAUUUCUUAGUAUAUUCUUCCGUUGCAGUGGAUUGAAUUCGUGUACAGCUGAAAUUGUUUCAGAGCAUGUUCUGGCUGUAGAUAUCAAUAAGUUAACAUUCGACAUAUCGAAAAUUUGAAAGCUGACAAUCAGCCAGGGGACAAAUUUUUCGUUCGCGGCCCAGCAUCAAAAUCUUUACCUAUUUUCUCCCAAUUCAUUCGCAUGUUCUGAUGCACCGAGCGUAUGAUGAUUUUUUAAGUGACUAAAGUAAUUUUUAGUUAGAAAUUCAUAGUAGUUUCAGAAGUUGCAUUUGCCUUGGAUGUAUUGGAAUGAUCAGGAUAUUAUUUUGGAAAAUAUAAUUAUAAGGAGAGCUGUCACAGCACUCGAAUCGAAUCCAGAUUAUACAUUCUUCCAAGUCAUUUUAGAUCUAUAAUUGACUUUCUUUAAAUGUUUUGCAAAUUGUUGGGCACAAACAUAAACAUCCCAUUCACGAAGGCUUAAUCGCACCC